AUGGUGGAGAGUGACAAGCGAAAAGCAGCAGAAGCUGGCUUGUCGCACUCUGACCUGGGCACUGAACAGAUUCAUGACGAUAUUGAAUCCCUUGAUGCUCCUAAUGCGACCCUUGUUCACAACACAAAAUCUAACAGUAUGAACGGCGAAAGUGCAGAAACGCCCGUCUCACAAGAAUGGGCUGUGGCUGAAUCCAAGUCGUCCCGGAAGAAAAGACGGAAGAUCGAACGAGAACCGAAUGGCGACCCCAGCAUCAGCUUCUCCGGAUCCAGACCUGAACGUGUCGAUCUCAAAGCGUUACAAGACCUCGUCCUUUACAUUUUGGCGGACGGGACUGCACCAACCUGGCUGGCUGUGAGGAACGCUAAGCAGAUCAAGAAGGUGGUGGUCUUGAUGGUUCCUGCCCUUGAUGAAACGAUGCUGAGGGAUGCGGAACUAUGGAAUGGCAGAACUGAAGAAAGCAUGACAUCCACCAUCAAUCAGCCUGGGAAGCCAAUAUCAAGUCCUGAUCCAACUCCCGAAGACUGCAGUUCAGCCUCAAACGAUGCUCCAACCAAUCAUUCACGAUCACAAGUAGCUCUGAAUUUGCCGUCGACCCAUCUCUCUCCUGAUCAAAACUUAACAGAUCGUCUCCUACACCACAUUAUCGAAGUACGUGCACCCGGAGAUUCACGCACAGGCAGAGUGCACUCCCCGCUUCAGGGCAUGCUCAUCGCGCCCUUUCCGGAGGCUGCCAAGCAGAAAUUGAAGAAUAGCAAGGACGACAAGGCUUCCCAUGGGAUUCGUACUCCCAUUGCAGACUUCAUCCACUCAGUCGAUGAACUACGAGAAGCAGAAUAUCCGAUUCAUCCUGCGGCAUUUACGGAUUCGAGUGAUGCACAACUGGAGAACGAACGAAGAGAGAAGACAGGCCAGUCUCAUUGCUCUGGCUGGGUUGACACCCAUGUAUCGGUCUUCAAGCCUCGUAUACUCUCUUCUUCCCAUCUCCAGGCCCACGAUUUCCUCACACAAGGUCUAAAACCCUACGCUCUGGAUUGUGAGAUGGUCCUGACGUGCGAUGGAAAACAUUCCCUUGCGCGGAUCUCUCUGCUUGACUGGACCGGCAGGACAGUGCUGGACAGAUAUGUCAAGCCGGCGCUAGCCAUCCAAGACUACUUUACACAAUUCUCUGGAAUAACGGAGAAAAUCCUUGAAGAUGUUACAACAACGCUGGGAGACAUCCAGAAAGAGUUGCUCAGCAUCUUACGAGAGGAUACAAUCCUGCUCGGCCACAGUCUUGAAUCCGAUCUCAACGCGCUGAAGAUGACCCAUCCGUUUGUAGUCGACACCUCAAUCAUCUAUCCACAUCCGCGCGGUCUGCCUUUGCGCUCAUCCCUGAAAUUCCUAGCGAACCGCUAUCUAAAACGCGAAAUACAAAAGGGCGGGAUGAGCGGGCAUGACAGUGUCGAAGACGCCAGAGCGGUGUUGGAUCUGGUAAAACUGAAAUGCGAGAAGGGACCUACAUGGGGGACUUUGGAGGCCAACGGUGAAAGCAUAUUUCGCAGGAUUGGAGGCACGCUAAAGAUGGACGCCAACGGAGAGGUUGUUUUGAAGACCACAGCCAUGGUGGAGUACGGGACUCCAGAAAGAGGACUUGGACGAGACGCAACAUACAAAAUCGGUUGUUCGAAUGAUGACGAGAUUGUCCAGGGCGUGCUGAGGGCGGCUCUUGGAGAUUCGCAUGAAAGGACGUUUACAAAAGAUGGUAGCAAAAAUACUGCUGAAGUGGACAGUACGAGCCAUGAUGGAGGUGCGAAGACCCAAGGGCUCGAUCAGGCUAUUCCGCCGGGCGGUGCUGACUUCAUUUGGGCUCGACUCCGCGACCUCGAAUCCGCGCGAGGGUGGAAUACCCUUCCCAGUGACAUCUUUCCCACACCUACAUCCUCCUCGACUCCAGACGCGGCCCUUCCAAACGACCAAGCAGAACACCUCAGAGACAUCAUGCGUCAAACCGUUCGACGUAUUUAUCGAAUUUUUGCCAACCUUCCAGAUCGGACACUGCUUAUCCUCUACAGUGGGACUGGUGACAUGCGGUCCCUUCUGCGGCUGCAAAAUCUUCAAGCCCAGUUCAAACGGGAGUUCAAGAUCAAAAAGUGGGAUGAUAUCUCGGUGAAGUGGACUGAUGUCGAAGAGCAGAAGAUGAAGACGGAGUGUGAGAGAGCGAGACGGGGAGUUGGAGUCCUGGCACUUCGAUGA